AAACGUUAGUAUGCUUCCUGUUUGUUUGUUUGUUUUUGUGAGCUAGUUUCUAACUUUAGCCUAUAUAUAAUACGUUCUCUUUGAUGACAGCGGUGGCUACUAUAAAUUUACCCAAGUAUUACUGUAGUAAUACGCGUUGAAUUGUAUUUAGCCGGAAACUAUUGGUUACUAUUUGUAUAUUUAGUAAGGCGACUGAAAAGAAGGGAACAUUUUUGUCCGUUCGAACGAACCGAUUCGCUAAACGAAUCAGACUUUCAAAUGCGAGUGUGUACAACGCGGGUCAGCUCUGUUUAUGCUACUCUGAUCUCCUGCGCGCGCUUCUUGUGCACGCGCGCUGAACAGGAUGAUCUCGUUACAUUGUAGCACGGCGUAACUGUGCCUCAUAAAGAGGAAGAGCGUUCGAUCCGUGCUAAUAGUGCGUUUUUAAACUUUCAAAUCGGACACAUUCGAAUUCUUGUUGACCUCGAAAACGCUUGGAGCGCGGAAAGCGGAAGAAAGAGAUCCGGAUUUACGCAGCGCACUGGGGGGGGUGGGGGGGUUCGGUGUCGGAUGGUGAUUCCGGAUUCGGUCUUGACCAUCGAGAGCCCCGUGGAUGACCUCCAGAAGCAUGUAUCCUCACGGAAGACCUCAGGCUCAGCUGAUCUCCGGCCAUGCCGGUAUGAAAUUCACAGUGCUGGAAACUCUUGACCAUAUAAAAGAGGAAUUCCAGCUUUUCCAGGCCCAGUACCACAGUCUAAAGUUGGAAUGUGAGAAGUUGGCGAGCGAGAAAACAGAGAUGCACAGGCAUUAUAUCAUGUAUUAUGAAAUGUCCUACGGACUGAAUAUUGAAUUGCAGAAACAGGCAGAGAUUGUAAAGCGGCUCAGUGCUAUAUGCAAUCAGAUCAUUCCACUGCUGUCCCAAGAGCAUCAACAUCAGGUCGCCCAAGCAGUCGAGCGAUCAAAACAUGUGAGCAUGGCAGAACUCAACGCCAUCAUUGGGCAACAGCAGUUCCAGCAUCUUUCCCAUCACGGCUCAGGCUUUACCCUGACGCAACACCCCUCAGGACUGACUCUGGGAGCGGGUGCGAGCCUUAUGCCAUUAGCUGGGGCCUUUCCGUUCCCUCUGCACCUGCUCCCUAAAGAUGACCUCACUCACCCUGAGCCUGUGGAUUCCAGAGAUGGAGCCCCAAACAGGAGUGGUAGCAGCUCUCCAGUUGGCCAUCGAUCUUCAGGGCUGCGCCUCGGUCUUCCUCCUCCCCCGACCUCCUCCUCCUCUUCUUCUCACACUGAGACAGACAAUAAGAGGAGCGCCACAGAUCAGACCAGCACAGGGGAGAGUGGCAGGAAAAAUGAAGACACUCUGAGAAAAGAUGGCACUAAAGAGAAAAGUGCUUCACCCACAGGAGUCUCUUCGAGGUCUGCUGAAGGAAACGGACUGAGCAGCUCUCCUGUUCUCCGGAAGAAUCCGUCCAGAGAAGGCCGCUCCCCCUCAUCCUCCCCUCCCUCACAGCCGCGCUCUCCUGGUCUCUGCAAGAGCCCCACACAGGAGAAAGUGAGAUCUCCCUCUCCGUCAGCAUCUCAUGAAUCUCUCUCUCCUGGCUCUCCUCCGCCUCCCCCUUGCCCCCUCUCCUCCUCUGCCAACGGCCCGUCACCCGCUCUCAAACACUAGGACCCACUCCUGUCCAUGGAGUGAGACUAGUGAAAGAGAGCCGCCACCCCUCCCCAGCCCGCCC